GUUCCUGAGAGCCUGACCUCUCUCUUCAAUGGCUGCCACUGGCUCCUCCACCACAGUGCCUAAAGGAUUUCACUAUGAGACCAAGUUUGUCAUCCUCAGCUACCUCAGCCUAAUACCGCCAAGAUCAAGACCCUCAGAGACCGCAGUCACAGAGGGACAGAGACACUCCACACAGGAUAUGGAGCGAGAGAGAAAUAGCAGCCUGAAGAAACAGAUUGAGAAUGAGAUGAAGCAGCUUGAAGAGGAAAUUGCAGCCUCCUUUUCCAGGACUGGUUUUGAUCGCCUCACAUCCCCAGUGUUCAGUCCAGCUAAUCCAGAGAGCUCCAUAGAGGACAGUCUGGCAGUGCUGGGGGACCGCAUCUCCCUGGAACUGGACACACACUUGUCUUCCGCCACUCACACACUUCUGAGCAGCGAUUUGAACUUUGAGCAAUUCAGAGCAGUGGUAGAGGAGGUGGCCUCUCAUACACAUAAAGGAUGGAGCAAGGUGUUGGUACCAUUAGUAUUGUUACAGACCCUGCAGUCUGAGGGACUGCCGCUGGAAUCUCUGCUGGAUUAUGGUCUACGUUACCUCGAAGAAUCGGUAGAAGACUUUAUAAUUCAGCAGGGAGGAUGGGGCACUGUGUUCAGCCUGGAUGAAGCCGAGAACCCUGGAGUAAUCAUAGCUGAGGACAGUAACGACAUCUACAUCCUGUCAGGUGAACAGGCCUCCGAUCAGCUAAGCCCUCCUGCAUCACUACUGACUAUAGGAGAUAGUAGUGGGCCAACUUCCUGGCAGACAGAGAGUCUUCCUGUGUCUCUGACAGGACACGAGUCUUGGGCCCAGGUUGGCAUGAUGGACCCAGAAGACAUCAAUAGUCUGGACAGUGCUGAGGGAGUGGCAUUAGCCGAGGAGCAAAGUGAGAACAACUCUUCCAACUCCGACAUUGUCCAUGUGGAGCGUGAAGAUGCAGAACUCCUUGAGGGUGGGGAAACGGUUGAGGAAGAGGAGCUGCAGAGUAGUGUCCUCAGUGUUUUGGAUAGUGAGAGUGAACUUGCUGCUGUUAGAGAAGAAGCAACACCAGAGCCUGAUCCACCAGCACGUGAGCCAGUUGUGUCUAUAGAGGAACCAGUUGUCCUCACCGAGACUCCUCCUAAAGUAAGUGAUGCUCCACCUCCAGCCUCUGUAGAACAAGAGCAAGUAGUCUCCUAUGCUGCUGCUGUCACCGUUGUAUCUGAGCCUGAACUCCAAUCACAGCUGGCUCAGCCCAAGGCUGUUCCAAUUCCUGUGGAGUCACCGCCGACUUCCCCAGUAAAAGAGUCUCUGCCUGCCAUGGCCCCACCACCCGAUCCAGAAACCGAACCUGUAUUUUACCAAGCAACCCUAGAGCAGGAGAUACUUCCGAAAGCUGAGCAGAAGUCCACCUUGCUUACCCAAGACCACCCUUUCUCAACUGAUAGUGAGGCCCCAGUGCAGAAACAGUCUGUGCCACAACCUGAUUCCUCCGACCUCCCUGUGCUGCUAUAUGGUGGUGCUGUCCUAGUUGCCAUUGCUGCAGUAGUGGCAUUUGGAGCAUUGGCCUACAGGAAGAAGUAAAAAGAAGUUUAGCUGUCCAUGCCCUCACAGUAUCGUUUGCCCUAGUUGAAGCCUGUACCACUGUGCUGCCAAAAGCUGCACUUUAUGGGAAAAUUACUCUUCUUGUGUGUCAUACCAUUUGGUUUUCCGUUCUCAUGUAAUACUGUAAUUUUGUUGGCUUAGAUCCUUAGUCUUUCAAAUCGGCUUAAUGACUGGAUGGGAACUACAGGUUCAAGUGCAUCUGUUUUUUGUUUUUUUGGUGAAUUCAGGUUUCUUAAUGGGUAUCAUGUUGCUGUUUUGCUGUAUGUGAACAUAGUAGUGUGCUGUGACCUACGUUUUUGGCCAGUUGUGGAAAGGCCAAAGUAUAGUUUGGUUUUCUGCAUGACACAAAUUACUUCAUCAGCACAGUAUGUGCAGACUGGCCACAUAGCAGACAGGCUAGUUUUUUUUCUUGAUGCACAGACAGUGGCUGUCUUAGCGCAUUUCCGCUGCAUUUCGCUGCCAUUGACUGUGCCAAAAAAUGCAUCAAAGCAGUCAUGGUGCGUGCACAUGUAGCGAACGCAUCGUAAUGGGUGGUCAAAAGCAUACUUUGAAAGUAUGAGCACUUGACAGUGUGCGACACUGAACAGUAUGUGGAAAAACAAAGCAUACCCUAGCCUUCGUAGAAAGGUAAAAACAAGGCCUUUGAUCUCUGAACAUUAUCCACUGGAAGUGAAGUUAAUUUGCUUUGUUAGUGGAUUAUGUUUAUUCUGAUAUAUCAUUUAAUUUAAUUAAUUAUGAUUAUGAUUUUACCUUGUUUAUUAGAAAUAUUAAAGGAAAACUUUAGGGGCCUUGUCUUUCAGAUGGGUUGUUUCUGGGUUCUGCAAGUUGUGUAAUGGAUACAUUUUGACUUUUAGUGAAUUCUUCUCAAACCACUAUGUGGUGUCCCAAAAUGCAUUAAUAUUUGUACUCAUACUUGUAUCUAAGGUUUAUUUGGACAUUCAUAUAAUCCCACAUUAAUGUAACUUUAGAAAAUGUAAUCUCUAAUUUCAUGCACGUUUCUUAAAUGUCUGAUUAAACUUGCAUGCAUGUUUCUGUUUGAAUUUCCUCUUAAAGACUGAAACAAGAAACAUAGGUCACAGCCCCUUCACUUUAUCCAUAAUUUUUUUUUUUUUUUUUUGUCUAAUGGAAUUGCUCUUGCUAAAUACACAGCAAUUAAUCAUACUGUGAACUUCUUUAAGCUACAGAAAGAUGGCAAUAUAUUAUGAGAUAUAUUUUUGGUACUCUUGUGGGUGUGAAAAUUCAACACCAGCACAAUCAAUAUUGCCAUGUCAACAGGGAUUACUUGACUGAAUUUAUAUGUGUCACAAAAAGAAUGAAAAUGCUAUAUAAUGGAGUCACAUUUAGUUUUCUAAUCUGAUAGUAUUUUUUAUUAUUAAAUAUCCCUGAGUCUGGGUCUGAAGAGUACCAAUUUCAACCCUGUGAAUAAAAUAGGCUGGGUUUUUUAAUUAAACCACAUUGUUCAAGAAACACCCAGAUUAAUUUUGCAAUUCAAUAGUAAAAAUGUUUUGUUUUUUUUUUUUAACAAGAAGACUGUUGUGCAAGUUAACACUACCGGUUUAUGAGAUUAUAUGCUCAAUUCAGGUUUGGGGGCCAGAAUGUCUUUUUAAAUAUCUGAACCAUAAAGGUCAGUCAAGUCAUUUUCAUUAGUUUGGUAUUCAUAGAAUCAGACCUUUUACCAUUGUCUCCUAUCACAUUGCAUACAAAGUAUUGUCUCUUUAUCUUCCAAGACUUAUCUGAUUCACACCUUGCCUUUAGCUUGUGCUGUUGUUUGUCCUUACCAUCUAUAGGCCUGCAUGGCACAGCAUUGCCACCAUCUUUCCCUGUUGUGUGCCUAUCCAGAAGAGACCCUGGUCAAAACUAGAGAAAAUACAAGCAGAAAUCAUAUCAACAGGCAGGGUUCACCUGUUGUGUCAUUGGUCGCCGCUGAGAAAAAGUGCUAUUUUUGCAAGUAAGGCUUUUUUGUACAUAGACAAAAGCUGUGAAAUAAAACCAUAUUCCUU